AUGUCCGGUUUCUUGUCGGCGCUCUGGACGAAGCCAACUGUCCCUGGCGAGUCCAACUCGGCUGCCACCACCUCCUCUCCCUCUGAAACUUCAAAGCCAAAGCCAUGUUGCGUAUGCAAAUCUGAAAAGGCUGCACGAGACGAAUGCAUGCUCUUCUCUAAGUCUAGCGAUCCUGCUGCAAAUGAAUGCUUGCAACUCGUACAAGAAUACAAGUCCUGUAUGGCCGAAUUCGGAUUUAAGGUCUGA